GGUUUUAAAAAACUCUAAACUUUUAGAAGUAAAUAUGGGGUUUUAAAAAAUUAGGAAAACGUAACUUUUGAACCUUCCUUCUCUCCGCUCACGCUCACUGGGUGUGUCGAUCGUUCACCAAGGCCAUCCGCUCUUCCUGUUGUCGGCGUCUCCUUCCUCCAUCUCCGAUCAGUGUAUGGAUUGUACCGUGUUGAUGAAAAUUGAUGAGAUAUUGGGUUAACAGGAUUGUGCUACUCCGCUCCUAAAAAACGCAGAUGCAGGGCUCCAUGGCUUCUUCCCUCUUUUCUCUGCCUUCUUUACUUACAACGCUCAAAGCUCAAAGACAAAGACCCGCUAUUCUUCCGUGCUCUAAUUUCAUUCAACCUAACUUAACCCUCAAAUUUCCCAGAUUGGGGAUUUCUUAUUCAAAAAGAAAGGAAUCAAGACAGGUUUCCUCUGUUGUGAUUUCUUGUUUGGUUGAAGAUAAUCCUGAAGCGUGUCAAGGAUCGGAAGGAUCUUCUGGCUCUCAUGAAUCAAAUCCCUUCUUGAACUUAAAUCGUUGUUUCUUUGAACAUGGAAACUUGAAGGGAGCAACAAUAGACCUCAAACUCCCAAGAAGAAGCUUGUUAUUGCAUUUUACAUGCAAUUCUUGUGGUGUAAGAUCACAAAAGCUUAUAAACAGAUUUGCUUAUGAAAAAGGGACAGUUUUUGUACAGUGCACAGGGUGUUUGCAGUAUCACAAACUUGUUGACAAUCUGAAUCUUGUGGUUGAAUAUGAUUUAAGGGAGGAAAUAGAUACAAGUUCUGAUACAAUAACAGAUAAAGUUUAAGAAAUCAACAUGAGUUUAGAUUUAUGUUGUAAAUUUUGAUCUGGAUUUUGCUAUAGCAUAGAUAUAUUUAUUUGCAAGGAGUUUUGAAUCA